CUUUGUGUAAGAAUGAUGAUGAUGAGCUUACUUGAAGUUGUCAUCAUAGCAUUCCUUUCUUUCUUUGUAUUCCAAUGUUUCUUCCUCCACAAGAAAUCUCGUGAAAGCCCUUUGUUGAAGAACUGGCCUAUCCUAGGGAUGCUCCCAGGCUUGCUCGUCCGAAUUCCUCGAAUAUUUGACUGCACCGCUGAGGUUCUUGAGGCCAGUAAUCUGACUUUUGCUAUAAAAGGUGCUUGGCUUAGUGGAACAGACUUGUUACUCACGGCUGAUCCAAGGAACAUCAAUCACAUACUAAGUUCAAACUUUCGGAACUACCCUAAAGGACCUGAAUUCAGGAAGAUCUUCGAUAUUUUGGGAGAUGGUAUUUUAGCUGCUGAUUCGGAGCUGUGGGAGGAUCUGAGAAAGUCAGGUCACACUAUUUUCCACCAUCAAGAUAUUCUUGAGAUCUCACUCAGUAGCAAUGUAAGUAAGUUAAAGAAGGGUCUUAUCCCUUUUCUUGACAAUGCUGCUGAUAAAAACAUCAUCAUAGAUUUACAAGAUGUGUUGCAAAGAUUCAUGUUCGAUACAGCUUCGAUUUUAAUGACUGGUUAUGAUCCAAUGUCUCUAUCCGUUGAAAUGCCGGAAGUAGAGUUUGGUGAAGCUGUAGAGGACGGUGAAGAAGCACUCUUCUAUCGAAAUAUCAAACCGAAGAUUCUGUGGAAGCUUCAAUACUGGAUUGGUAUUGGAAUUGAGAGGAAGAUGAGAGCUACAACGGCCACUCUCAAUCAAAUGUUAGCAAAGAUCAUAUCUUCAAGAAGAGAAGAGAUAAGUCGCGGGAAAAGAGAGACAUCAAUGGAUGUGUUAACAUACUAUAUGAAUGCGGACACGACCAAAUAUAAGCUCUUGAAACCGAAAAGUGAUAAGUUUAUAAGAGAUGUUGUUUUAAGUCUAAUGGUAGCAGGAAGAGACACCACAAGCUCAGCUCUCACUUGGUUCUUCUGGCUUAUAUUUACACAUCCCCAAGUUAUGGCCAAGAUCCGACAUGAGAUCGACACAAAGUUUGAUCCCGCAAAUCUUGAGAAGCUCGUGUAUCUACAAGCUGCCUUGUCCGAAUCUAUGAGACUCUACCCACCAAUUCCUUUGAAUCACAAGUCACCAUUAAAGUCUGAUGUGCUUCCAAGUGGACACAAUGUUGAAGCAAAUUCAAAGAUUAUAAUCUCAAUGUACGCGCUGGGAAGGAUGAGAUCUGUAUGGGGUGAAGACGCAUCAGAAUACAAACCAGAGAGAUGGAUUUCAGAGGACGGAGGGAUAAGACAUGAACCUUCAUACAAGUUCGUGGCAUUUAGUGCCGGUCCAAGAGCUUGCUUGGGUAAGCAUUUGGCUCUUUUGCAGAUGAAGAUGGUAGUUGUGGACAUCAUACAAAACUAUGACCUUAAGAUCGUUGAAGGUCACACGAUCGACUCAGUUCCUUCUAUCAUUCUCCGUAUGAAGCAUGGUCUUAGAGUUACAGUCAGUAAGAAGAUAUAAAUGUUAUGCUAGCUCUGGAGUCUACAAUAAUAACUAGUAGUAUUGUCUUUUCAGUAAGUGAUAAAUUGUGUUGCUUGGAGUUGUUUCCUACCUUUACUGUUUUUUUUUCUUUUUUUUUUUUGGUUUUGGGUUUUUCUUUACAAAUUUAAAUUAAGAUAACUAUCCAACUUAGAUUUGGAUCCGGUUUAUCUUUUUCUUUUCUCUAUAUUAACGUGGCUCCGGUUGGUUGUUGAUGA